AUGCGCGGUGACCGCGCCGCUCGUGACACACGACACAACAAGGACUAUGAAAACUUAAAAUCGUCUCUUAAAAAGGGAGCGAAGACUAAAAAGCAUAGAGUAGUCUUCGAUGAGAGCGCGAAUGAAUUUUUUGAGGCGGAUUAUAUUAUUGUCGUACGGGAUGAAUGCGGGUACUCCGACGAAGGGGAGACUGAGGAGUGCUCGGGAUGCGGCGCCUGCGAGCGGUUCCAGGAGCCGGAGUCGGGUGCGCUCAGCCCUCCGGAGGGGUACAAGGAUUUGGGGCUGUUCAACCGCGACGGGACUUUGCGAGAGCAGGCGUGGUGGGACGCUGGGGACGUGAUGUUGGUGGGCGAGCGAUCUGGCACGGUGUUCACUCCGCAGCACCUGCAGCUGCUGCGACGGCUGCAGCGCGAGCGGACGCUGCGCUCCACCGUCUGCUCGGACUGCGACGCGCACCCAGCCGCUCACCAGCCGCACGCAGCGCCAGCACAGCCCAUCGUGCCAGAAAGAUGUGGAGGCGCAAGGUUGUCCACGCAAGUGGCGUCCCACACCAAAGGCCUACCCAUCCUUCAUGGCACCAAAGACAUGCCGUCCGGUCUCUUACCAUCGUCGCGUACCAAAUCGUUAGGGUCUUACACGGCAGGCACGUCAGCGGUGACAAAUCUGGAGUACAAUUAUGAAGAGGAAGACAACAGUGACGUGGACAGAGAGUUGCGCCCAGUAGCGCGUCGUACACUGAAGCACAUCGCAGCCGGCGAAGAACGUCCGCGCAUUAACUCUAGCCAGCAGACAACACCCAUUGAAGAAACUGCAAUAGAUGUAGCCAUUGAAGAGUUGCCGUCAUCUGAGCUGCCGACGUCGGUGCCAGUACCAAGUGAAGAGAGUGAUUCAGCGGAUGCUGACGAGCGAUUAUCUCGUGAAAACUCACCGCUGAGGCAAAGGAGGGCGGGCAUACUGAAGGGAGGCAGACUUUGGAAAUCGUUGGACAACGACAAGGAUGUGAGUGAACAGAAUGACAACCGACACGCAACGACGGCGUCUAGCGACGACGACGCAUCCGCCGCCCCAAGGUCGGUCAGAUUUGUCGAAAAACCUAAGGAGUUUGAAGAGGAACCCAUAGAAAAGGAAAUAGGCCCGCCACCAACAUCAAAUUCUGAACAAAAUUAUCAAAGAGAUUAUGGCACUAACACUGGUCAUAAGUUGGAAUCACCUCUGAUUCUGGCUAUAACUUCGAGUGCCCCGAACCCGAGCCCAAACCAGAACCCGAAGACGAAUUCGGCUGUUCAACAAUUAUUCAAUAGUAGCAGACCACCCCCUCCGGCUAUUGAACCGCAGUUGGUCACUUCGGAAACUCUCAGGGCUUGGGAUGCCGGAGUGAGACCUAAAACAGAAGAAGCGGCAGUGAGGCGCGUAGCUGAAAGAAAUGCUUUAAGAUGUUCUCUUCUUAGAAGCGAAGCACGAAAAAAGCAACAACCAAAGGAGACGACGUCUCUGUCAGAACGCAUACGACUCCUCACUUGUGACGUAGAAGACGAAGACCACCACGAUGACCAACGGUCAUCGCCUUCAGGCAUCGACAAGUUUUCAAGCAGUAGCGACAAAUCGAGCGACAAAUCCUACAACAGCAUCGAUAAAAACAAUGAGAAAGCCUUCGGCAGCGCUUCGUCGAGUUCAUCGUCUUCGACAUUAUCCGCACCAGUUCUCACGCGCCAACUACCACCGGACUUAGGCGACGUCCAUCAGGAACCUCAGAAGAUAAGGGCAGAGCCUCGACGUCAGUUCCUGUCUACCCUGGCACCGUUGACAGCAUGUGUGGGUAGCGCUGCUCAUCACGAAGGCUUCUACUACGUGCCGCCUGGAGACCGUGCCUCGUCAGCAACGAACAUAGAUCUUCAAGAGCAUAACGAAGCACCAGCGCCAGAUGUCGUCGCGGGAACGCCAGGUGCAACUGAGAGCGACGAUGGCCUAGCAGCCUUUGCCCGUGCAUCAGCACCUCGGACAGAAAGGCUGAGGCAGCGCUAUGGCCAGGACUCACAACCAGUCAGCAGUGAUGACGAGCAUGAUGACUAUGGUUUCCACCGACGACCAGCUGUCCGAGGGAUAGCUGUGAAGCAACAGCUGGGAGCUUCGGACGAUAUACUCCAGCAGAUGCAGAAUGAGCUGCAACCGACGUCGACGCCCAGUACUACGUCUCAGAUGCCAGUGCAUGCUUGUCAACGCACUAACAGCUCUUCAAACUACUCCUGGCCGUACUAUUCUGAAGCUAAUCUCAACUCUAGGCCGCAGAGUAGAUCUAGCAGCGUUCCCAAGCAGCAGUGGUCCAAAGGAGAUUACGUUUCCCGGCAAUGCAGCAACCCACCGUCCUCACAGCAUAGCGAUGCUUGUUACGCCCACGCCCAAAACAUGGCGACAUACCAACACUACCAGCGACAACAGGAGAACAUCUACCGAAACUGCACUCUUUACGCUAACGUUGGGUGUUCGGAUAGCAAUCAAGAGUUAUACAGUUCUCAAACGAGUUCAGAACAAAAUUCCCCUGUUCGCUCUGCCCGAUGCAGGAGACCGGAAUCGCCACCCCCUAUUCGUAGCCACCAUCAACUGCUCUACGUGCCGUACAGUAACCAUUACCACUACCAACAAGACUACGCUCAGACUUGGACAGCCAAUGAUUAUAAUCGGAUGCAUGGUUAUUACCAGCACCAAACGCUGAGUGGAGCGACCACGCCGCAACCAGCUGCACUGCCUCAAAGGGCACAUUAUUCGCAUGCAUUGCAUCUACAGACCCUGUGUCCCGCCCCGGCCAGAUACCGCCCAGUACCUGCACCGCAGCCAGGCGGAGGAAAACAGAUGAUCUGCUAUUCUGAGAAGGUUGCAGCUCCGCUGUACCAACCAGCCCCAGGAUCCCCGUCUCGGGCUCCAAGGAGCGCGCCCGAAGGCGCACCAACUGCUACAUCGCCCAUGACUGCUCCUCAGAACCCUGUGUACUAUGCCAUGAAUGUCUGACGCGGUGACUAGGUGAAAAUUGUAGUGGGCCCUGACGCCGUGAGAAUCAGCAUACAGCUUCCAACCAAAGCAUCAGACAUGGAAUAAUAAGACAACGUUGAUGUAGUAUUGACCGUGUCCAUAUUUAUUAAACCAAGAAAGAGAUUGUCAUCGUUACUAAUAUAACCAAAGAAUACUUAAGAAUAAUGAUGUAAAUAAUAAUUAUUUGUUCAAAAUACUUACAUUCUAUUUCAUCGAGAACGAUAACCAUGUUAAUUUUGAUUUUAUUGAGAUGGAGCGCUCAUAGCUAACGAUUUUACUGUAAACAGACUGUUUUGUAGGUCAACGUACUUUUCCGGUUAUAAAUAGUCAAUAUUUUGGUCCCAUAGUCAAUAUUUUUGGUAUUCUCUAUAUCAUUUCAAAUACUGUCUCUAUAUCAGGUCUCGUUUCUUUAGAUAGUUGCUUCUAGGUUCAAGGCACAUUAACCUUUUGCUAGCGACUAAGUCAUCCCCAAAAAUAUCAGUCCGCUUUAUAGCCAAUCCGUUACAUUUACCUGUGAGCCAUGGACUGUCUUCAUUUUAAACAGGUCCCCUGUAGUACUCAUUUUGCACAACAAAAAAAAAUAACUCAGUAAACUCGCAAAGUUAUAUUAAAAGAAACUCAAAUUAAAUCAAUCUCGGAUUGUACAAACAACACAAUGUUCGUACUGAUAACUGGUUUACUAUAACUGAAAUGUAAAUCGACAAAGGAGAUGGUCCAAAAUUGUAUGGAGCUCAGGAUCAGUCAUUGUACCCUGGCGGAAAUAAAAAAAAAUAUUUUUUUUAACUAUUUUGAUUAUACAAAUCUACGAAUUUACUUUAAUUCUUUCGAAAUAAUAUUCAUUCUCUCCCAAAAAAUGCAACACCAUUAUGUGUAUUAAUGGCGGAUUGAUGACGUUUUUAUUGCAAAAGUCGAAUUGACGUUUGCUGUCAAUUGUCAUGUCAUAGUUGCUAUAAGGGCGCCAUCUUGAUAUAACUCGAGAACUUGGGUUUUAAUUUGAUUAAUUUAUUUUUAUUUAGUUAGAUUUAUUCACUUAUAUUUAGAUUAUAUUAAAAUCCUUGUAUCUUUUAAAUUGUAAUGAAACGGGGUACAAGAGUGGACCUGAAAUGGACCAUCUCCUUUCCAGUUGUAAGUCCAUCCAUGUAACUACGAUUAUAUUAAAAAUAGAGCCCUGUUCCCGAAACUCGAGUGUUCGCUGUCUCAAAAUGCAUCUAGUUACCUUUAAUAAUAAUAAUAAUUAAUUGGUUAACUGCACUUGUUACUACAUCGGUCAGUGGGCCGUUCACUCUGUACAAUCACCAAACAAAACACAAGUUAUCAUUGUGUUUGUACAAUAUGAAUCGAGUCGAAUGCAUUAGUUAAAUUUCAUAUUAGGCGAUGCUACAAUUGUUUGUAUUCAUUUUCAUUGCAUUACUUUUAUAUAUUACAAGUUUAAAUUAUUUUAAUUAAAAAAAAUCUAUUAAAAAUCCGAUUAAAAUUGCAAAUAAAGAAGCGUCAGUUGAUUAAAACAGACCAAUGCUAGAACUGUUCGAAUAGAAAGAACAAAGAUUUUAAUACUGACUCUAAUAAUCUUGAAAUUUUUCACGAUAUUGGAUACCCCAUAGUCAUAUAUUGAAUGGAAAGUAUACUAAGACACCAAUUACUGUACUUUGUUGGUAUUAGUAAAUUAAAGGGACACAAAUAUGUUAUAAAUUAUACAUAGAACAAGCAUUGGUAAAAUUAUCAAGCAUGUUAAUGAAAUGCUUGAUAAUUUUCCCAAGCUGUAAGGAAAACUAAUCAAAUUAACCCAAUAUGGUCAGGGGUAGGUACGAUUUUCUGGUGGACCAUCUUUAGAAGAAAUUUCAUGUAACAUAAGUAUAUGAAAUUCAUUAAAAAAUAUGUAAGUAGUUGGAUAUUUACGUAAAAUUAUUAUAUAAUCAGACAAAUGAAACGUAGCGGUAAAUGAUUCGGCGAUAACAAUAUUAAUAAAAGAAUAAAUAAAAGUUAAUUUGGCAACAGUACACAAGAUAUAAUAGUUUUAAGAAAAGUUCAGUAAUCUGUUUUUUCUUUAAAACUACUUUUUCAUUUAAUUUAUAAUGAUUUUAUAGAUCAGUAUUAUAGAAAUCUUAUAUGAAAUAAAUUACUCUAUAAAGUAUAUUUUUGAUAUUAUAUAAACACGAUUUGCGGAAAUAUGUCUGAAUGUGGGAAGUGCCAAAUAAACUCUUAUCUAUUUUUUAGAGUUACGCCAAUAUAAUUAUAUGGUAAACAAUACUUGUGUAUAGAAAAGGAACUCAUGGCAUAUAAAAUAAGCAUGCAGUACGAUAUAUGCUAGAUCUUCGUACGAGUAAGUAGGAAAAUAAAAAAAAGACGGACACACUUUGUGCUGUCAAGUCGGAAGUAUUAUAUAGGCCUAUGUUAGCCAUGACUAAUUGACUAGUAAUGUUGCAUUUGUAUUGUGUAGUCUCGUGGUAUGAGUUGGCAUGAGCAAUUCGUACCCGUGUCUUAUAGUGCGUGCCAAAAAACUAUGAUAAUAUUGAGUGAUGUGAACUAUGGUCGUACCAGUAAUAUGGAUAUUAACGUCAUGACAAAAACAUGUUAAGUAUUAUGUACAUGUAAUUAUAAAUAUUUGAAUGCUAAAUUAUUGAGUUGAAGCCUUAAAAUAGUCAAUCUUAUAUUUUUCCGCAACCGGCCUAGGUGUUUUGAAUAAUAAAUUAGGCGCUUGAUGUCUAUGUUAGGAAACCAUUUUAUAUAUAAUAUGAUGAAGAUAUACGUUAUAUGAACAGUGAUGUUGUCCUCUUAUAAUAAAUCUUAGCUUAUUCAAGUUAUGUGUUAACAAUAAUAGUGGGUAGUUAGAUAUAAGACAGUUGUUUCUCAUUACAAUAAUUAAUUGGUUGUUUAUAGAUAACCAUCGUAUCGGUAUCAGAGUUUAGCUUUAGCUUUGGUGAUGCUUACAUUCUAAAAUGGAAUGUCUAACAAUAUAGUAUUAAUCAUGUAGAAUAUUAUUGCAUAGUACAUUGUUAUGAUAUACUUUAUUAUAUAUUCAAUUUUUAAGAAUUUUACCGGCGUACGGCGGCGACUUGAUUACCUAGGUGUUCAUUUGACCCCCUAUAUAUAAACAUGAAUUAGGAUUUAGACCUCAAUUUACUUCAAAGUAAAUUGAACCUAAGCCAGCAAAGACGUACCGCAAAGCGAUUAGCGUUCCAGUAUGAUGUCAUGCAGAAACCGAAAGGGGUGUGGAUUUUUAUCCUCCUCCUAAGAAGUAAGCCCGCUUCUAACUUAGAUCGCAUCAUCCCUUACCAUCAAGUGAGAUUGUAGUUAAGGGAAAUAUUGUAGAUAAUUAAAAAAAAACCUAAUCACUACUGUUCAAUUUAAGAAAUUUGAAAAUCGUAAUCCAUGUUUAUAAAUAAGGCCAUUAAUGUUUAGACCAGGACAACAAUACAUGUAAUAAUGUGUUCUAAAAAUGCAAAUUCCGAUGCAAUACAUAAAAACGCUGUUUACAUACAGUAGUAUCGGAUGCCAAAGACAAUAACAGUAUCUGUAGUCUACGCGUGAUACCCAUUUUGCUAGACGAUAGUCUUAAUGGAGACCGACAUUUUUUAUACAUUGCUAGGCCCAGAUUUAACGAAUGAACCGUUACAAUGACCAAAUAAUAUCAGUUUUAGACUGGUUUAUUUUCAGUUUGAUUGACAAUCGAACAUUCAAGUUAAGGACAAGUAAAAAUGCAAGAUUUCAACAGAAAACACACAUUUUUUAAAAUAUUAGCAACUGUUAAUUCUAAUUAUUUUUGAUGAUUUUGAUUUAAGAUUUGAGGAUUUUUCAUCAUUAAUUUUUUUUCUGUUAGUUGCUGGGCCUAAAACGGUCGGUCUUCUUUGUGUAUAAAUCGACAUAGUUUAUAGAUUGCUUGCCGAUGUGACAAUAACGAUGGCAAGGGAACGGCUACCGUCAUCGUGAUUACAACAGCCCUAGUACUCAAUUUUAUGUCAACUACAUCUUGUUAUAACACAUUUGCUCGUAAAGUAUCUCUUAUUUCACCAAUUCGACAUCAUAAUGUAUCUCAAUACGCACAUGUGCCGUAAUGUAAAGUAAAACACACAUGUGCUUUAUAUAAUAUAAAACCUUUAUCAUCCGUCUAAAAACGAACGGUACUUUUUAAAUCACAGCAAAGAAUUUUUAUGGCAGAAAAGUGCUCAGCAAUAAAAUUUACUUUGUGAGAUAAAAUGUAAUAAAUAAACAUUUAAUUCUUUGAUGCCAAUAAUUUUCACAAUAAAUAACAGCCGUUUAAAAUUAACAUAAACACAAAAAUAUUAAUUUAAUUUAUGAGGAAAACUGGUUUUUUUAUGCCUUUAAAAAAACGACAAAUGACAAGCAUAUCAGAAUGAAAACAGUCAAAGAUGCAAAUUCAUUUUCAGAAAGUGUGUUUCCUCGCAAAUGUGUUAUAAAACGUCGUAUGACAUAUGUGCGCAUUGACAAUUACAGCCUUGCAAUAUCGCCUCGGCUGUAAUUUUCAUCUUAUCGCACUUAUAUCAUAAUGUACAUUACUUCAUACUUGAAUGUUUUUUUUAGUAAUACCAAUAUGUUUACAGGUGUGUUAGCUAUGCCUGUUGUUGUCGAAUCCACGUUGAAAUGUUUCGUUAUCUUUUGGCAUGUAAUGAACAGCCUAGAUACACUAUUGGUACCUACAUACCCUUGCCUAACCCUCUCUAAUUCUACCUCAAUGUUGUGCGUGAACACUUGUCACGCACAAUGGUGAAUGAAGUUAAAUACCCUUGUACACUAUUCUAUAGCCACAAUGAUUGGUUUAGCCAAUUUUUCAAUUUUCAACUCAAUAAACCCAGAUCCACCCUAUCAUUGUUCAGAUAUUUUGUUAAAUGCUUAUUCAAGGUAUGUGCUUCCAAUGUGACGAAACAUUUUAGGAAUCUUUGCCUGGUAGCAGUUGUUCGCUUUGUCUUAUUGCUACGUCUAUAUGCAGUAAGCACACGUGUUAUUUCGGAUAUCAUGAAAUGAAUGUCCCAGAACGGCGUUUUUACUUUAAGAUAAAUUAAAAUAUAAUACAAUGCAACGUAACCGCACAAUUACGAUACUAAGGAGACCAAAACAUAACCUCAACCAGUAUUAUUAAAAUUUGUAUUUUUGAAAAAUAUGAAAAAAUUCUUUAGCAUUUAUAAAUAUACAUAUACUUGUAUCAUCUUUAAAAGGUACAUUAUCGUUAAAUUGUUUUCUUUAAAUUAUUUCAUUUCCUUUUUAAUUUUUUUUUAAAUAAUAUCUACUUAUUGAUGUUAAGCAACUGUCUCCUUUUAAAAUUUUUAAACAUCAAUAUAAUUGAAAAAUCCCAGAAUUUUUAUAUAUUCUAAAAUAAUAAACUAUAUUCUAGCUGCUUUAAAUUGUGGGAAUAUAGGAAAUAGGAAAUUGGGGACCUUUUGGGAUUGAAAAUAUAAAAAGGUGUGUUACCUACAAACAUUUUCAAUUUCUGAAAUUUAAUAAUGUUGAAGCAUUAUUUUAGAACUAGAAUUUACUGAAUAAAAAAACAUCACCUUUUAUUUAGAUAGGUAAUUGUUUUAUAUAAUAAAUACAAUGAAAAAUCCCUCAGCAUUCCAAACAGAUGAAAGUCGUAAAAAAUAUUGAUUAACAAUCUAAUAAUUGGAUAGAAGCAGGCGUUACUUUGCGGAAGUUCAUCAUGAUUAUAUAAUGAUUUAUUUAGUUUGCUAUCAUCCGCGAAAAUUCGGCGAACCCAUGCGACAACGUCA